UUUAAAUACUACAUUUGAUAGUAUGAUGAAGUCACUACUCUAGAAUAUAUUCCAGUUAUAUGUAAUUUGACUGUAUAACAAUGCUAGAGACUGCCUACAUUGGUAAUGUAGACUUAUAUAUGAAUUGAGUAAUUCAUUCCAUUCGUACAGUUAUGGAUUGGUUAGAUGCAACAGAAAAUCAUGCUUCAAGAAUAUUAUCAAUAUAUGAAAUGAAUUCACAAUUAAAUCAUUUUGAAGAAACAUUGGCAGAUCAUUUAAAAGCACUUAAGUUAUGUGAUCGUUUAUUGGACAAUCUCGGUUCAAUUUAUCAUCGUGUACGUCCAUUAAAAAAAGGACAAACUAUUCUAGCUAGAGCUUUAACAGAUUUUGAAUCAAAACAGAUGAAAUGCAAGCUACAUAUGAAUCACUUUUAUAGGAUCACAUCUAAUCAAAAUCCUCAUGCAUGGCAGAUAAGUAAUCCCGGACAUGCAAUUCCGUCACUAUUCCUCGAUGUUUCUACUGAGUUUGGUGAAAAACUAAUUCUUAAACAACUUCAAAAACGAUUUGAAGAAUUCUUAAUCAUGUGUCAUGGUCGUGCUCGUCGUCAACUAUUCUCACGUAUUACAAAAUUAUUACAUAAUUCUAAACGUUAUUCAACACUUCCUGCAAUGUUUAAACCAAGCGAUUCUCCCGUUUCUUCAAGCGCUCUAUGUGGCUUAUACUUUCCACGUUCACCUGAUCCAGCCAAACGAUGGCGUCCUUCAAACAAUGCUAAAAUAUUUUCUCGUCAACCAGCCUAUUUGGAUUAUGAAAGUCCUCAAGAAGCAUUACUACCUCAUACAAUCCGAAUAUUAUUGACUCGGUUAAGAAGCUGGUUACAUCAAUUACCUCCUCCUGGUGUGAUUAUGGACAGUUCAAAGUUGUCAACAUUUAAUUCAAAUAAAUGCCAGCAAAAUAGCUUUAAUUUAAUCCAAGGAAGUAAUGUAGUCAAUGAACUGCGUAAAUGGUGGAAGUUCACUCAUAAAACAGUUGAAAAUCGUGAUCAAUUAGAAAAAAUAGUUGCCGAUGCUACUUUUAUAAAAAAAUUGAAUGAUAUUAUGCAAACAAAAAUUAAUACUGAAGUGGAAAAACACAGAAAACAAUAUGAAUCAAAUAAAACUCUGACUAAUUCAAGUACAUUUAAAAGCCAUCCAAAGCUUACAAAGGUCCUUGUGGAUGAACUACUCUCAAGAAUAGGAGCUCAAUUUUAUCACCCAAGAUCUGGACAAUUUAGCUAUAGAAGUACUCAACGAGUAAUGGAUGGUAUUGAUAUAGCAUUACCUUAUACAUUUCCUGGAGUACAAAUAUUUGACAAAUUAAUUAAAGAUGAAACACUUAUUGUUUAUCAUAUUCAAAAAAGUCAUAAUUCAUCAUUACAGGAUGAUGAUGCUUCCAUUAAUCAUGAUAAUACAUUCUCAUCAAAUUCUUAUACAUUUAAUAUUCAAAGUCAUCGUAACUAACGCCCUAACUUCAACAAUCAAACUUCAAAGUGGUACUUCUUAGACAUUUUUUAAAUAUUAAUAAUGAAUAGCAAAUUAAUAAUAUAAUAUUGAUAAAUAAUAAAUACAAACCUGUUCAUGAAUAGUUUUUGAAUUGUUUAUUGGUAUAACUAUUUCUGAAUAGGAUACAAUUGGUGAUAUUGUACUACUGAUUAAUGAUUUAUUAGUAGUUAUAGAAUUGAAAGAAGAUUGAAUAAAUGGAAUAAAUGGUGUUGAAAUUAUUGAUUGAUUAUUAGAAUGAAUGAAUUUUGAUUUUUGAUUUUUAGUUUUAUAUUCUAUAUUAUUCAUAGUUGUAUUCAUAUUUAAUAAAUUAUUAUGAUGAA